AUGCAGCAGAGUGAAGCCAUGUGGAUCAAGUUUGACGCAGACAGACUGUACGUGAUCCGUAUCUACGUCGACAAUGUGAACGUGGUGACAGGCCAAACCUCGCAAGUACAAGGCCAGCAAGACUAUGUCAUCGUGCCCGAUCAGGCCUUCCUCAAUGGAUACAAAUCCAACAUCAAUGCGUUAACAACACAGUUUCGCCGUCCACGCAUGACUGUCAGGGACUUCACGAGGAAGUACGAGCUUCAAUUCGAAGACGGUACUGUUAUCUCGGCUAGACUUACCAGUCAAGAGGAACAGGUCGACGGUAUGAAGAGCGAUCAUGUGAUGUAA